CUCAAAAAAUAAUCAAAAUCAGCAAAAUCCGAAUAACAUGGACGCAUUACAAGACGAGGUGGAGUCGCUGGAAGCAAUUCUAAUGGACGAUGUUUGUAUCAAGCGCACUGUCAGCGGCGACGUGGACCUAAUCGAGACAACGGUUCUUCCGCUGACUGGGGAGGACGACGAACAGCAGUACAUAUGUGUCACACUGCAGGUGCAGCCGACGCCGGGUUACCCAGACGUCAGUCCCACAUUCAAACUGCUUCGUCCCCGAGGACUUGACGACGCUCGCCUGGAGGCCAUACGAACCGCUUGCAAUGUGAAGAUUAAGGAGUCGCUGGGCUUUCCCGUGGUCUUCGACCUGAUUGAGGUGGUGAGGGAGCAUCUGACCGGCAGCAACCUGCCCAGCGGACAGUGCGUGGUCUGUCUGUACGGAUUCGCCGAGGGCGACGAGUUCACUCGAACCGAGUGCUUCCAUUACCUGCACAGCUACUGCCUAGCCAGGCACUUGAAUGCGUUACGGCGCAACUACCAGGAGGAGUUUGAAAAGCUGCCCGCCUGGCUGCAGAAGACGGCUGAUCCCUUCCAGGCCCUGUGUCCCGUUUGUCGUGAACACAUCAGUGAUGAGUCGGACAGCUUAAAAUGCGCCAUGCCUCCCUCAGAGCUUAUCAAUGCUCCCGACUUCAAAGUGACCCAAGAGCUUAGGGAAAUGCAGCAGCGCAUGUCCCAGUUGUAUCUGCAGCAAAAAAGUCGCGGAGCCAUCAUUGAUGUAAAGGCCGACAGUGCUGCUGUAAUUUCCAUUGAGACCGAGGAAGAUGUACGACGACGUCGGCGUCGUGAAGAGGCGGAGGCCGCUAAGAAAUUGGAGGGACCAGCCAAGGACGAAGCCCUUAAACCCACAAGCAGCAGCAACUUUGCUCCAGUUGUGCAGGAGACACAUCGUGUCAUGCCAGAGCCGACUAAUAACAACUAUCAGCAUCACAAUCGUCGACACUAUCGUGGCAACAGGCGCCAUCAGCACCACGGACACCACCAUCGCGCGGACCGCGAUCGCGAGCCCAACCCUGGCUCAGCUGGAGGCAGUUCAGGCGGAAGCAAUGCAGCAACUACAGGAACAGGAAAGCAGACGAAGUCUCAGUCUGCCUGCGCUGGGCCUACCAGGUGACAAUGGCUCCCAGGACAGAUGCGGCUCCGGAUACCCAUUGCGUUGCCAUGCUGCUAAUACACAAUCCAGCACCAUCCCAGACAGAACAGACUUUUAGUUUCGUGAGGCGCACUCGUUUCUGUGAAUUUUAUGUUUGUAUUUAUGUUUAGUUAGCUUUAGCGAACCGGGUUAGCUAAUUUUCUAUUAACAUUGAUAUUUAGUUGUAUAUUAACUAUAAUGAUAUUUGUAAUGGUUUGCAAAAGACUUGCGGCACCGCACCAUGCCGAGACGAUAUUACGAUUAUGAUUAUAAUUAUUAGGAUGAGGAUGACUAGGUUUGAUAGCUAGAGAGUAAAGCAAGCAAGCAUGUAUUUAGCAGCACCAACUGGCAGCGCUGGCGUUGACGUAACCACUCCAAUCGAUACACACGAGAGACACAAUGGCCAAGAAGACAAUGAUAUUGAUAUUCCUAUACGCAUAAUUGCAGCUCUCAAUCUUUAGCAGAAAUAUUUAUCUCCCCCUAUCUAGCAGCAGCUAGUACCACAAAUAAAACCCAAACUAACGAAUACUUGAAGUUGGAACGACCCCCCAUCUAGUCAGUCAGUUAAAGGAAGCAAAGAAAGGUAGAUGAGGCCCGAGACAGAGGCAGGGCAUUAUCAUUAGCAUACGUGCACACAUUAAAUGUUGUAAUUAAUUGAGUGUUUGUGUAGAAAAAAAGACCUGUACCGACAUCCGUAAGGAUCGACCAGGGUUAUACAUUCAUACUCGUGUAUCGAAAAUUCAAUUUCAAUGUGUCAAAUAAAUACUACGAUUGGGAACCAUAACGAAUAAAUCAACUACCAAAAUCAUGGAAUAA